AUGUUUAAGUACAACUAUUCUGCAAGAGGAGGCACCAUGUCCACUUAUCAAGAUUAUGCACCCACUUCGCUGACUUCGUUCACUGUUUCAUCAGACUCGGUCAAGUAUAGUCAAGAAAUUAGUAAGUCAACUUUGAUUGAGACUUCGACUCACCAAUCAGUUUAUAAUGCAUUGGCUGAAGUUUGUUCAAUAUUACCUACGCUCGACAUGCUCGAGGUUAGUUUUAUCAAAGAUUUCAUUACUGAAAAAGAGAAAUACACAACAACUACGUACCGACUAAUCAAUCAAUACCAAAUGAUACUUAAGGGGUUCGAUAAUGAUGCAAUCCAAGUGUUGCAAAAGCUUUUACCGGACCUCGAGAAUGAUUUGUCAAAUUUUCUUCCCUUAUUUGUUGACAAGUUCAAUUUGAAUUGCCCGCAAGCUGUGAAAAGACUAAUUAGUGGGGUACCAUCGGUUAUUGACCAAGUAUCACAUAAUUCAGCCGGAGAACAAAACGUAAACCAAAACGGAAACCAGAAUGGUCAAAAUAGCCAGAGUGUGAGCGGAAAUGCCAGACUAAUUGCAGAGAUCACUGGUAAUUUCAUUACAUGUAUGGAUGCCCUAAAACUAAAUUACAGCACACGAGCACAACUUCAUCCUUUACUCAGUGAUUUAGUUGUUAAUUUAAACGAGUUGAGUGAAAACAUACAAUUUGAAGGAAAAUCAAAGUUAAUUAAUUGGCUAAUCAAAAUUAACAACUUGGAAAAGGAGUUAAAUCAAGAGGACUCGGAUGCAUUCCUAAAAGAUUUGGACGUUGCAUACAAAGGUUUUUAUUCAUCAUUGGACAGAUAA